CCAGCGGACAAGUCUGUGUGUCUGCCUCGCUCACCACCCUCGUUCUGCACCAUGGGGAAAGACAGGCUGCCCGGUGGCCCGAACAUCUUCCUCCUGCUCCUCUUCCUCCUCCCUGGAAACACCUCGCCCGCCACUGAACCGCAGUACAUGGUGCUAGUGCCCUUUCUGAUCCACACCAACAUUCCUGAAAAGGUCUGUAUCCAGCUGACCCACCUGAACGAGUCUGUGACGCUGAGCACCACGCUGGAAUACGCAGGGGAGAACAGGAGCCUGAUCGCAGAUGUGGUGUCGGAGAAGGACGUGUUCAAGUGUGUCCCGUUCACGCUUCCCAAAUCUAACAGCUCAUCAGCAGCGUUUCUCACGGUGCUGGUGAAGGGGCCGACGCUGGAGUUCAGAAGCCGGAAAUCGGUGCUGGUCAAGAACUCAGACAGCCUGGUCUUUGUCCAGACGGACAAACCCAUCUACAAACCCGGACAAACAG